CCCCGCCCCCGCACUACAUCUCCCAGCGGGCCCCGCGCCGCGCACGCGCAGUGCCAGCGUCGCCGGCCGGGAAGCGGCAACGCCGGGAGCCGCCGGGAGCCACGAUCCCCCAGAAGAAGAUGGUGUAAGGCCGGCAGCGUGCCCAGCCCCGAGGCAGGAGCAUGGCAGCGGCUCAGGGAGCAGGAAGCAGCGUGGCCGGGCCGUCCGGAGCCCCCUCCUCCUCCUCCUCCAUCCUGGGGCAGGGCAGCAGCCCGGCGGUGGCGGUGUGGGAAUGGCAGGACGAAUUCGGGCGCUGGAGGCCGUACCGAGGCAACGUCUGCAGCUACAUCGAGCAGGUUCUGCAGGCGGCUCAGCAGAAGGGCCGGCGCUCGGGGUCCAGCCUGGUCAGCAGCAUCCCGCUGGGACACGCCGACGCCGUUUUGGCCCCCUACGUCAUCGACAUCCCCAGCCUGACGCAGUUCCGACAGGACACAGGGACGAUGCGUGCUGUCCGCAGGCACCUCUUCCCCGGCAGCUCUGCGGCCGGGCAGGGCAUCGUCUGGGAGUGGCAGAACGACGAAGGCGGCUGGUCCCCCUACGAGAUGAGCGUCUGUGAGGUGCUGGAGCAGGCCCGUGCCACCAACCACCAGCGGGUGGACCUGGCGCCCUUUGGCUACAACUACGACGUCGACCUGGUGGCCCAGGUGCAGAUCAACAAGACCACCAGGUUCCGCCGCGGCGUGCAGCGCCGCCUGGACUCCCCGUACCCUGCCACGAAUGCCUCGGCCCCCGGCCACGCGGGGGUGGGCUGCUCGUGCCAGCAGUGCUGGCUCAACGGGGGGACUGGCCCCAUCACCACGCGGUACCGCCACUCGGCGACAAACUUCCCCAACUCCUCCUCUUCCUCCUCCUCCUCUUCCUCCGCCGCCGCCACGCAGCAGCUCUCCGGCAGGACGACGUCCGCGGGUUCUUCCAGCUUCGUGCCCUACAACAAACCCGCGCUGUCCGCGGCGAGGUCGACGCCGAGACUCAGUGCGCAGAGCACCUGGGCUCUGCCUCAAGCUGGGGGCCCCAGCACGGGACUGGCUGCACCCAACGGAGUCAGUGCCCUGAGCCUGCCGGUCAAGAUGUCCAAACCCAGCAAAGUGAACCAGGCUUUGGCAGGCAUGACGGCUAUUCUGAUGUCAGCCGCUGGACUCCCCGUGCACCUCACCUGUGUGCCGCAAGCUGCCAGCUCCCAUAAAGCCACUAAAAAACACAGCUCAGUUAAGGAGGGGAGGAAAGUGUCCAAGAAAGGUGGAGCCGUGGCCUCGCUCGUGCACAUGCUGCCCUUUGCAGGCUGGUGGAAGAGCCUGGCUGCUGCCGUGAUGGGCCUGGGGCCGGCGACGCCGACAGAGCCAGAAGUGGUGGUGAGGAAGUACCUGGAGGAGCUGAAGGGCACUCCUGCUGAUGAGGACUGCAUCAUCUGCAUGGAGAAGCUGGCCUCCCCCUCCGGCUACGGCGACGCGUGCGAGUGCAGCACGAUCAAGCCGGAGAUGGUCGGGCGCCUGACGAGCUGCCAGCACUCCUUCCACAUGCUCUGCGUGCUGGCCAUGUACUCCAACGGCAACAAGGACGGCAGCCUGCAGUGCCCCUCCUGUAAGACCAUCUACGGGGAGAAAACGGGGACCCAGCCCAAAGGGAGGAUGGAGGUCUCCACUUUUCCCCAGUCCCUCCCUGGCCACAAGGACUGCGGGACCAUCCAGAUCGUGUACCACAUCAGCAGAGGCAUUCAGGGCCCCGAGCACCCCAACCCUGGCAUGCCUUACACAGCAAGAGGCUUUCCUCGCUACUGCUACCUACCAGACAACGAGAAAGGCAGGAAGGUCCUGGAGCUCCUGAAGGUGGCCUGGAAGCGACGCCUGAUCUUCACAGUGGGCACCUCCAGCACCACCGGUGAGAGCAACACAGUGGUGUGGAAUGAGAUCCACCACAAAACCGAGAUGGACACGAACCUGAGCGGCCACGGCUACCCUGACCCCAACUACCUGGACAAUGUGCUGGCAGAGCUGGCCGCCCAGGGUGUCACCGAGGACUGCCUGAGGAAAUGAGCCGGGGUCGGGGGGCGGCUGUGCCGUGCACAUCUCCGGGCCCGCAGCCUGGGAGCCCACCCAGUGCACUUAUUCCUGUUGCCUUAAGUUCCUACGUCUGACUGCCUGUCACACUAAGCAAUAACACUGUAACGCAGGACUCCUGCCUGUUCUGUACAGUCUCUUUUUCUGGAGGGAAGGCUGUUUUUUGUAGAAAAUGGCAUUGCAUCUCCAGGUAGGGUUGGUGGCCGAAGCCAGGACCGGCUGCAGGAGCGGUGGUGAGGUGAUAGACACCCUGGGGAAGGUGGGAGCCCAGGGACCCCAGCCCUGGUGGUCCUAGAGGGACAGGGGAGCACCUCGCUCUCCAAGAGACCCCUUGGGAAGGGAAGGACAGGAGAGCCUCUCCUACACUGCCACUCCUUGUCUGAGGCACCUCUUGGAGCAAAGCCACCUCCCUCCUGCCCCUGGAUCUCUGCUCGGUUGCAAUAAGUGCCUCACUUCCAGGGAGUGUCCCUGCUUUGCCUUCACCCUUCCUGCU